GAAAAAAGUUGAGGUUCAAGAACAAGACUACUCUCGCUCAUUGACCUUCAACUGCUCAUCUAUCAAGGAAGACGCGCAUUUCAUAUAAAGACGCAGUUCUGAACAUAUCAGAUCCGAUCAUGGUUCGUUACCCAUUUUUCUCCUUUCAAAUCAGUUAUCAACUUGCGAGUGUCCUAUCCUACCUGAUAUAUACUAACCAGACCCCAGGCACAUCGGAUAGUAACAAAAGUUAUUAUAACCGGCGGACGAGUCUUUGGUCGAGCUUGCGCAGAAGCAUGGAAGCAAGCCUCAGCAUCCUCUCAAUAUCAAAAAGCCAACAAGAACAACCCUAGUGGCGGGAGCGCAUUCGCCUCCAAUGGCCUCACCCUCGAAGAAGCAUGCAAGAUCCUAAACGUCAAACCACCAGUCCGAGGGCAAACGAACAUGGAGGAUGUCACCGAGCGAUUUAAGCGGUUAUUCGAUGUCAAUGACCCGGCGAAGGGGGGGAGUUUCUACCUGCAGAGUAAGGUUCUGAGAGCGAGGGAGAGGAUAGAGAGUGAGGUGCGGGCGGCGGAGGAGAAGGCAAAAUCCGAAGCGGAAUUACGGGAAGGUUGGAAGCCAAAGGUGUAUAAAGACCGAUAGCAGUGAGAAGCACUGAGGAAAAUUGUGGAUGUUGGUGGUGGGGCAGUUGAUGAUACCUGAUAGACAACUUGGGUAAUGGGAGGUAUUGGAGCUGGGCGCGAGUUCAUUCGUAUAGGAUGCUCUCGGCUUGAGCGUUGGUCUCGAAAUCUUCCCUCUUUAUUCGACAUAGCCAGGCGUUUUGGGGGUGUAAUGUAUAUUUGGGAUUUUUGGGCAGCAUUUUCAUGGACCCGACGGGUCUAGUUGGUGUACGAUAUAAGGUGGCAUGAAUAGACGAAAUUCCAGACAUCUGAA